ACUAAAAAGUGUGGCUGAUGAACGUUGACUGAAAUGGGGUCGCCGCUGAGGCAGGAAGUUAGCUGUGGUUAGCGGAGCGGAACAAGGAGGGGCAGCGGCCCGGCUACUCUAUUCAUCAGCCAGGAAUGAAACGAAUGUGAAACCUAAAUGGAUCUGUGGCGCUCUUAGUCAAGAAGUGGCUCCCAUCCCUCCGGUCUGAUUCAGCCAUGGCGCCGACGUGAGAUGCCAUUGAGACCAUGGCAACCGGUCCGCAUGUGGAUCCCAAGAUGGCGCAGGAGUCAGGGGAAACCCGAUGGCCGUCUUGGCCGUUCUUGCUGCUGGCGCUUGCUGCCGUCACGUCCUCUUUGUCAGCUCUGUCCUUGUACCAGCUGAUGGUCCUCAGGGCUGAGGUGGAGGUGCUGAAGUCGGAGGUGUGUCGCAGGAGGGAGGAGAGUCAGGAGGCCAAGUGUGGAGACCAGGCUGAGGAUAUCGGUCAUGGGAGAAGCAGCCCCACAGACGCUCAACACGUUUUCGCUCUUAUGAGGAGGAGGAGGAUGGUCUCGGGGGCGGACACGUCAGUUUCUAUGUCUUGUCUGCAGUUGUUGGCGAACAAAAGCAGGAAAACCUUCCGGAAAGACUUUGCCCUUGAGCCAUACACGGGCAUCCCUUGGCAGACCGGCCUGAGGAGAGGCUCAGCGUUGGAGGCCGUAGGGGACAGCAUGCAGGUCCAAGAGGAGGGCUUCUUCUUUGUCUACAGUCAGGUGUACUACAUGGACAGCACGUUUGCAAUGGGCCACGUGGUCAUCCGGAGGAAGAGGACGGUGGUGGGUGACGAGGCUCAGUAUGUGAUCCUGUUCCGCUGCAUCCAGACCAUGAACCCUGUGUACCCGUACAACACCUGCUACACUGGAGGUGUUGUGAAGCUGGACGUGGGCGACCAGUUAGAGCUGUUGAUCCCCAGGUCCACGGCCAACGUGUCGCUGGACGGCGAGGCCACCUUCCUGGGUGCUGUCAAGCUGGCUUAAAGGUUGUCACCUCACAUGAGAAGCACCCUGGUCCUGGCACGCCACGUUCAAUGCUGGCCGACGUUUGGGUUCUUACCUUUUUAUCCUGCAUCCAUUUGCCUGGAGCUGCAU